AUGAAUUCCAUCGGGAAGAUCCAGGCCUCUCUAGCUUCAGCGACGCAGGAAACUACAUUGGCCUUGGCCAAUGCCAACUUUGACUUCUCGUUGAUCAAGUUUGAAGCUCCAGCGGAGUAUAAAGAACUCGGUCUAGCUCUUGCGGAAAAGAAGCGGUCUGAGGCUGAGGCCGGAUCAGCUCAUGUCACGGCUCGACGCUUAGGAUCCCUUUUCCAUACCAUGCUCCCAGAAACACCCAAUCUCAUUAGAGCUUACGGUACACGAGCCUCCGAGAUCGCAAAGUCGCCAGCUGUGAACCCGCGCGGCACUGAGGAAUAUGGCCCAAUCCGUGACUAUGUCGGAGUGGAUGGCACGUCAAUCUGGGCUGCUGCCACGUCAGGGUCUGCCGCCAUCGCUGCCCACCUACUUGCAUGCCUUAUCGCAUGUUGCUGGAGAGCUGACGAGGCGACUGCCAUUUGGUUGGAAAUAGUGUCAGAGCGCAAGAGACGCUUGGAAGAGAAAACAUCGAGCGCAGAUUACUUCGACUUGACUGAGGCGAUAAGCUCCAAGCUCACACUUGAGAAAGACCAACUCGCCAACUGGGAUGCCAGUGCAAGAGCAUGGCUUGCAGCAGCAGAUGACGCCCCGGUAAUCCGUUCACGCCAGAAAUCGGUCAGGGGCCUGUUGAACCACCUGAAUGCUUCGGUAAACAGUCGUCAAGAUCUCUACACCAGCGUCACAGAAGCAUGGAAGCUUUCACUUGAAACUCUUGAGAAUGUCAUCACUGGGACAAGCUACAGUAUUCAGGAUGGGGCUGUCGUGGUGGCCCUCGUCGCGUGGCAUCUAUACCCCGAUCUCAUCAUCUUAGGCCCUCAGAUCCAAGAUAUCAAGCAAAACGACGUCUUGAUAGAAUCUGGAGGCGUCGUCACCAUUGGAUUAGCGACACCGAUCGCCGUCGAAGACACCUCGAGAGGCAGUGGUGUGCAUUGGUCCUUAAGCCUGGGACAUCUUCGCUAUUACGGCACUACCAGAACAACUUCUCGCUCACUUGCUUCUACACCCUCAGGCAACUCGCGUUUCACAUUCACCGAGUUCGUCUUGAUCUUUCUCGGAGCCAUGAUUGGACUAUGGUCCGAGAACGAGACAGUCUCGCUGGAGUCAGCUUUGAGUUUCAUCGAACUUGCCGUAACCAAGUUCGAAGAAACGAUCACGGCCUCAUACGAGGCAAGCAUUGCUCAAGGUAUGCUGAAGGGAUCCUGGAUCCGCAUCCUAAAGGACGCCAUCGGCUUGUGUAAUGACAGGUUACCUGCGAAGCGUGAGGAGAUCCGCAAGCUGGUUCACUUGGGCCUGCGACGCCCGGGCUUUGCCACGAUCAUGCACACGCGCUUCGACCCGACUGUGACACCCCGGUAUCGUCUUUUCGGGCUUGACACGUUAAUGUUUGUCGAAGCCCUACACGAAACAGCUGAUCAGGACAUGUUCCUGGAGAAGUCGAUACAACAGUUUAUGGCUAAGCGGCCACAUGCGCCAGCCCCUGCUGGACCAGUAAAAAACCACUUCCUUCUGCUUGUCGGGGAGCGGGGUGCGGAAUGGGUUGAGUUACUGUUCUACUCCAAGAUAACGCCGCCGGACUUGGAGCGGUCCAAGACUGGAUACGACAAAAUAAAAGAAAUCCGGUCUGACGGCGGACCCGGACUGACCCUCAUCGGAUGGUUUUCUCGAGUGUCCGGUGUCGAAUGCCGACAAUCCGACCUCGCCAAAUGGCAAAUCGUCAACCACAACCAGUUCGACGGUAGACUCGAAGAUCACUUCACGAGCACGUCGCUGCACCUUCGUUUCACGGGUUAUACCAGGGAGAUCGAUUUUGGUGCGCACAACAAGAUCUCUAACGGGAGCUUUGUCGAAGCCGUUGUUUCUGCUUACGACAGCGGUGAUUGGCUUGGCGACGUGAACAUACUGCGUGCGCUCUCAAGUUCCUGGCUUAAAUUCGUCGUGCCUCUAAAUGGCUGCACGGGUGAUGCUGUCGGAAAAGCCCCGGAGCGGGAGCUGGUCACAGUCGAAAACUGGGAAGAGCUCCUGAGCCCUCACCCAAGUUUACCUGGCGUGAUCAAGUGUUAUGGCAAUUGGCAAGCGCGACUAACUGCAGUCUCGAUAUGCGUCCAGCGUGGGUAUCACACUUUCCUCUUCGAUAAUCACGGCUGUUGGCGGUGUGCUUUUGAGCAACUCGACUUUCUUACCCAACAAUGGACACCCCAGGAUCUCGAAACCCCCUCCGAUAGUGAAAAGACGUCAACAGGACCAGAGUCCGAUACCGACGAUGAUAUUGAUGAUGCCGGACUGGACCGUGAGCACGCCGCGAACAAGGCGGAUGACGGUGGAAAUCAUGCCGGGCCGAUCAGCCCUUCUACAGAGCGGCACAUGCCUCUAAGCAACGACGACAAAAGUUGUCACGACGAUGACGAAAGCUCAAGCUCUUCGGACGACGAGGAACCUUGUGGACCAGUGCGGCCUUUCCCGCCACCACCUCCUGGGAUCAGGAAGGUCCACACUAUCUUCAUCCUUUAG